UGUGUGAUUUUGUUUUAUUUUGUAAAACCAUCCUCUUUCAUCAAUGCAAUGACUUCUUUUAGUUCCUUUCAUAACAAAACUUUACCAAUAAAUAAAAAUGUUAAUAAACAAUAUGUUUGCAUUAACUGUGGACAAUCUGUUAAAGAACUAUACAAAAAAUUCAGUACAACAGUAAAAGUAGUUCGCUGUGACAAAUGUAAUUUAGUAGUUGACAAGUACAUAGAAUUCGAACCAGUUGUGAUAUUAAUUGAUUCUGUUCUACUAUCAGAGACAGCUUUUCGGCAUAUUCUCUUCAAUCAGGAUUUUAAGCUUCAUUGGAAAUUAUCUCUUGUCCUCUUACUCUUGGAGUCUUUUGCAUUGUUCCGACAUAAACGACAAGACAUUGGCUUUGACGAUGACGUUGACAUGGUACACGAAAAAGGCUUUUACAUCUGUUGCCUCCAAAACAUUAUUGACAACAUCAUACUAUUCACAUUGUUAUUCACUUGCACAGUUUUUGUGCAAAAGAAUUUCUUCAAUCUUCGAUCGGCAAUUAAUAUGUACAAAGGCAUAACAAUUGCAAACUUUUCAAAAUUCUUUUUACUACCCAUUAUGAUUUGGAGAGAUAAUACAACUGAAUUCGGUGCUAAUGUUCAUUAUUUCCUUGUUAUGGGUCACUAUCUACUGGCUUCAAUAUUUUUAUAUUCAGUUGUCAGUCGAUUAAGUAAAACUCGUAGCGCACUUAUAGUCUUGACACUGUUUGCAUUAAAAAAAUACAUUAAGGCUGGAAUAUCAAUGUAUACAAUUAAUAAUAUUUCUAAAUAAAAAAAAAUGAUUUUAAAUUAAAA